AUGAAUUAAUUAGAAAAAACUCCUAAUUAAAGAUUGCAGAGAACUCAAAGUCAAUAGGAUGAAAAGUGGUUUAAACAGUUGCAUAGAAUUUCUUCAUCUUUAAAGUAUUGUUUAUUGGCAAAUUAGAAAUUUAAAAACAACGCAAGAAAGAAUUGUAUAUAUUAAAAAAGUUGCACGUUAAAGAGAAUUAGAUAAAAUCAUUCAUGAAAAAUAAGUUAUCUAAUAAAAAUCAUAUUUAUUAGAUAGAAGCAAAAAGAAAUUUCUUUCUUUAAUUAGAUGCAAAGAUCCUGAAACAUUUUUCUUAAAAUUUAAGCCAAUCUAAAAACCAUUAAAUAUGUUAAGAAUGGUUUCAGAAUUAAAUUUGGCCGAAAAAGUGCAAAUGAAUCUUAAUAAAAGUUCUAAAUAUGAAGAAGAAUCGAGUCCUAUAGUAAAUAGGACAUUUAACAAGAAUAAUAAAUUGUAUUAUAAGACUCUAAAUUAGGGGAAGCUCCAAAGUUAUUGAACUAAAUGUAUCGAAGGAAUCAUCUCAAGGCGAUAUAAUGAAACCUAGAAGGACGUUGGAAUAUUUAUUUUAAGAUAAUAAGAAAUAAAUUCCAUUUUUAUAAAAUGAAUCCGAUCUGGAAAAAAGUAAGUCAAAAAAACAAACUUAAAGCAGAUCAUAUUCUCAAUAUUCGAAAUCAAAUAUGAAUACUCUCUUAAAAACGGAUAUCAAUGCUCUCUUAACAGAAAUGGAUUAAGUGGAUCCUAAAAUGAACACUAAAUUACUUAAAAUAAGUAAGGUUUCAAGUUAAAUGUAAGCUUAUUAUUAACAAUUAUAGUCUUGCUCGAAAUGGAAUAUUUUUGUAAACUAAAAACACCUCUAAUUCAAUCAAAGUAAAUUCGUAAGAUAACAUAUGCCUAGAAGAUGACAGUAAAUUUAAAUUAUAUUCUAGAUUCUUCCUUGGCUUCUCAUACUGAAUUGAUGCUGGAUAAUUUGUAUGGCAAUACAAAAAAAUUAAAUUCAGACACUAAAAAUUUAGAAAUGAGAAAGAAAGAGUAUUAACAUGAGUCAAUUAAAUUAUUCUAUAAAAAAAUUUAUUGCAAGAUCUGA